AUGGGCCCUUGCACAGCAUUGACGACAUCACUUUCACCCGCUUCAGCCGCAUUAGCACCGUCGAUGACGUCGACUGCGUCUUCAGCAGCCGCUAGAUCAUGCAUGUUCGUUCGAAGCCGGUCAGAAACGGUGCACUGGAGAGCAUUAUUGACACCAUUACCAUCAUUCCGUGCAAAGCUGCCUGUAACAACAUGUGUUCCACGGAUAGUAAUCGUUUCUGCUAAAGUUUCAAGAUCUUGGGCUUCUCGGCUAAAUGCAGGCCGCUCAAACGGCAGCUUCAGGACAGAAUUUGCCGCCCUAGCUGCAGAUGCAGACGAACACGUCGGAUUCGCCACAGCUGCGCUGGGCGGCAACCUGCCCGAAGCUGUAAAUUUGUGGAUUGGGGACGAACGGGCAGUGACAAGCUGGCACAAGGACCACUACGAAAACUUCUACGUGGUUGUCACGGGCAGGAAAACUUUCCGGCUGCUGCCCCCGCUCGACGUGUUCAGGAUGCGAGUGCGGGAAUACCCUGCUGCAAAAUACUGGCGGGCAGAGGACGAGCAGGGUCCGUUUCACAUCCUCCCCAGCGACCCACCAUGCAUGGUGCCAUGGGCCUCUGUGGAUGCCGCACUGAACCCCCUCAUACCGUGCCCACACGCCCUGGGUGCUUCUGCGACCGCUGGCAGUGCGGACGGGGGUAGUUCCGAGGAGCUUAAGCGCCCCCCUCCCCUGGUCUGCACCAUUGGUCCUGGAGAGAUGCUGUUCCUGCCAAGCAUGUGGUAUCACCAUGUCUCGCAGAGUCCUGGGGAAACCGGCCGAACAAUAGCUCUCAAUUACU